AUGGCCAGUGGCCUUGACUACUGCAGGAUCCACAAGCUUCAGGGAUUUGUUCACAGUACUCUGCCAAGUGCUGUAGACAUACUCGGUUUUCAGUGCCAAGAACUGGAGAAAAAAAGGAGAAGCGCUUCUAUUGAGGUGAACAUCCACAGUGAAAGUACUACGUCACCUGAGGGAGCCAAUCAUACCCUGCUGAUCGACAGCUUCUUAGAACUCAAAAGAGGCUGCAGGAGGGAGAAACGGCACCUCUUCUUAUUCAAUGAUUCAUUGCUUACGUCUAAUACCAAGUAUUAAAAGGACUUUACAAUAAAAAACAGAAUACCACUGAGCACCAUGUGGACUGCCAACAAUACAAACAAAGUUGGGGAAGACAACACUGGUGCCAAGAAGUCCUUUGCCCUGGGCUGGCCUAAGGUGAACUUUGUGGCCACCUUCAGUUCUUCAGAACUAAAGGGAAAGUGGAACUCUUUCCUUCAAAGGUACAUUAAUCCAGCCAAAGAGAAGGACCAUCCCAAAAACAUUCCGCUCAAAAUCUUCACUGAGGACAUCAAGAACUGUGCUUGUUCUGUAACUAUAACAGUAACAAAUUCAAACACAGUGAAUGAUGUUAUCAACAUGUCACUCCUAAAGCUAGGAAUAACUGGCUCCGAGAAAAAUUACCAGCUAUGGGUCAGUUCUGGCAAGAAAGAGGCCUCAUACCCACUCAUUGGACAUGAACAUCCCUACAGAAUUAAAAUGAACCAUCUUCCAGCUAGCGUGCUCAUGCCACAGGGACCAGAGGACUCCACCUCUCCUUCAGCCUUCCAAGAGGGCUUUCUCCUGGAGCAGGGGUCCCCAGAGAAUCAAGGCCAGUUUAUUCUGAAGCCCAGGAACCAGCAGGAGAGAGAUUCAGACCAGAAAACAAUUAAGAGGAAUCUUGUCAAAAACUGGGCCUUUUGGCGGAGGUCCAGCACUCGCCAGGAUAAGCAAUGCCCAGCUCCACCACCUGCAAAGCCAAGAGAGCUCUUUGGAGUUUCCCUCUCUGAUAUCUGUGAUGAUGACAACCUGCCCACCCCAAUUCUGGAUAUACUUUCCUUUAUCAAUCAAAAAGGGCCACUCACAGAAGGCAUCUUCAGAAAAUCAGCCAGUAUAAAAGCAUGCAGAGCCCUAAAGGAGAAACUAAACUCUGGAGACAAAGUGAACUUGGAUGAUGAAUCUGUUCUUGUGGUAGCAUCUGUCUUAAAGGAUUUUCUUCGAAAUAUCCAAGGAAGUAUAUUCUCAGCCAGUCUCUAUGAUAAAUGGCUUGGUGUUAUUGAUCAAGGAAAUGAGGAGGAGAAAAUAACUGCGACCAAGAGGCUUUUAGACCAGCUGCCAAGAGCCAAUGUUGUUCUCUUACGAUACCUUUUUGGAGUGUUAAGCAACAUUGAGCAACAUUCCUCAUCCAAUCAGAUGACGGCUUAUAAUUUAUCAGUGUGUAUAGCCCCAAGUAUUUUUUGUCCACCUAAUUCCAGCAUCUCAGAAAACAACUUCACAAACAAGAUUUCUUUUGUACAAUUUCUCAUUGAAAACUGCCUCAAGAUAUUUGGCGAAGAUAUCACUUCCCUCUUGGGAGAGAGCUCAAUGAGCUGUGAUAACAGUGAUAUCACUGACAGCAGUGAGAACCCUGCAGUGACAGCAAAACCACCUCCUGAACCCAAGCCAGUGACACAACUGCAGAAUGAUGCCAAGCCUCCACCUAGCAUGGGGCCACCCAGCUACAUAUCUACAGCUGGCUAA